AAGGUAUACUAGUAUAUUGCAAGAAUUUUCGUCUUCCUCGUACGAUUCGGUUCUCGUUCAGCCACACGAAGUGCUCUUUAGAAAAAGAAAGCGGAGCAAUUAGCAUUCGCUGCUUCCAAUUAGCGGCGGAGUUUCUUGUCUAAGCUUUCGCAUCCAACCAUCACCAUAAAAGACGCCUUUUUUCAGUCACUUGCGGCUCCGAGGCAUUGGCUUCUUCUUCCUUCACUGCUCCUGUACGGCUGUGCUCCACAUCGAUCCAACCCCAACCCCGCAAUCGCAGAGCUCUUCCCCCGGCUCAGGUCAACACCCUGAGCUCUUGACUCGAUUUGCGGCGAAUGCUCGCGGCGCGGUUCUUGAUUCCGGCGCGCGGCUGAGGUGGAGCCGGCGCCGGUUUUAGUGCUCGUGAGGAGGGUUUCGUGCGAUUGGAGGUGUAAAGCUGCCUCGCUCCUUGCAUUUCGCGCUGUUCUUGGAGCGGAUUGUUGCCUGCCCUGCUCGUGCAGUCGUGCUCAAGCUAUUUCUACGCGCAGUUCCUCUUCGAGAUUACAGGGGGUUUUUUAUGGUAGAUUGUGGUGGUUGCUUGAUUCAAUAACUGCAGCUCCUUGAUCACCCUUUUAGCUGUUAGCAGAUGGAUGGAUGCGAUUGCAUUGAGCCACUCUGGCAGGCUGAUGAUCUCCUAGUGAAGUAUCAGUACAUAUCUGACUUCUUUAUCGCACUUGCGUACUUCUCGAUCCCUUUGGAGCUCAUAUACUUUGUUCAGAAGUCAGUGUUCUUUCCGUACCGAUGGGUGCUCAUACAGUUUGGUGCUUUCAUCGUUCUCUGUGGGGCAACCCACCUGAUAAACAUGUGGACUUUCACCACAUAUACCAAGACUAUAGCUGUAGUAUUGACGGUCGCUAAAGUGGCGACAGCAGUUGUGUCAUGCAUAACAGCUUUGAUGCUUGUUCAUAUAAUUCCUGAUUUAUUGAGCGUGAAAUCGAGGGAGAGGUUUCUAAAGGCUAAGGCUGAGGAACUUGAUUGGGAGAUGGGGAUAAUAAGAACACAGGAGGAGACGGGAAGACAUGUGCACAUGCUCACACACGAGAUAAGAAGCACGCUUGACAGGCACACUAUUCUGAGAACUACGCUUGUUGAGAUGGGAAGAACUCUUGGUUUAGCAGAAUGUGCUUUGUGGAUGCCAUCCCGCUCUGGAACAACCCUUAAGCUCUCCCAUACACUCCAUAACAAUGCUCUGCAUGGAUCAGUUGUUCCUAUCAAUCUUCCAAUUGUCACUAUGGUUUUUAAUAGUAACCGUGCAGAGAGGAUUCCAUAUACUUGCCCAUUAGCUUCGAUAAAGACUCAGACAAGCAGGAAUGGGCAACGAGAGGUUGUUGCUGUCCGUGUUCCACUGCUGCAGCUUACAAAUUUCCAAAUAAAUGAUUGGCCUGAGCUAUCUGCAAAAAGCUUUGCAGUGAUGGUUUUGAUGCUUCCUCCAGACAGUGCACGAAAAUGGCGUCCCCAUGAGCUGGAGCUUGUUGAAGUCGUUGCUGACCAGGUGGCAGUUGCACUGUCUCAUGCUGCCAUUUUGGAAGAGUCCAUGAGGGCCCGUGAUCUGCUAAUGGAGCAGAAUAUUGCUCUCGACACAGCACGCCGAGAGGCGGAAAUGGCUAUUUGUGCUCGGAAUGAUUUUCUUGCUGUCAUGAACCAUGAAAUGCAGACUCCUAUGCGAGCAAUCGUUUAUUUGUCCUCCCUCCUUUUAGAAACAAAACUUACUGCCGAACAACGCAUGAUGAUUGAGACUAUCCUGAAGAGCAGUGAUCUUCUAGCAACUCUUUCAAAUGAUGUGUUGGAUAUCUCCAAGCUUGGGGAUGGGAGUCUAGAGCUGGAAAUUGAUCCUUUUAAUCUGCAUGCUACCUUUACUGAUGUGGUUAAUUUAAUCAAGCCAGUAGCUGCACUCAAAAGGCUAUCUGUAGUGGUUCAUUUGGCUCCAGAGUUGCCUACCUGUGCAAUUGGUGAUAAAAAGAGGUUGAUGCAAAUAAUCCUAAAUGUUGCUGGGAACUCCAUUAAGUUCACAAAAGAGGGUCACAUUUCAAUUACAGCCUCUAUAGCUAGGCCCGAUUCUUUGAUGGACCCGUACGCUCCUGACUUCCGUCCAGUUCUCUCUGAUGGGUCUUUUUACUUGGCUGUGCAGGUAAAAGACACCGGCUGCGGAGUCAGCCCACAAGAUAUGCCUCACACAUUUACAAAAUUUGUACACCCCCAAAAUGAACACAGUAGCAAUGGAUUGGGGCUGGCCCUUUCCAGAAGAUUUGUCGCUCUUAUGCAAGGGAACAUUUGGCUCGAAAGCGAAGGCGUAGGAAAGGGAUGUACUGCAACAUUCGUUGUGAAACUAGGCAUAUCUGAUAAACCAAAUGCAAAUUUUCGAAGAAUUGUGCCUCCUGUUCAGCCAAACCAGGGAGCUGGAGGCCCUGAUGCAUCAACGAUGAAUGGCAGCAUGGUGGCUCCUCCACUUUGCUACCGGUCGAGCGUAUGACAGGCAUCUGAGGAGGCGACCUCAUCCGACGUGAGGCGGGUCAGCAGCCCGAUCUUGCGAUCAUGAUUUGUAUAUGGAUGGUAUGGUAGAGAUUGCUCUCUCCCUUUUGCGGAAUUGUCUUGCGCCUUGUCAAGAGCAGCUUCUAAUGCAUUGUAGCAGUUGUGGGCGAAUCCGAAAUUGUGGCUCAUCUUUGGGGAGUUAAGGGCAAAGGGAGCAGUGUUGUAAAUCGUAACAUUAGGGAGAAGCAACAGCAAGUGGCCUAGGGAUGCUGUAGUGGUCCUGGUAGGGAGAAGCUGAAGCUGAUCUGUACAGGAACCGAUUACUGUGAGAUGCUGAUAUCCUGACCCUGAAAGGGGAGGGAGAUGGGCUAACCAUAGUGAUCUGACAUUUACAGCCGUCAGAUCCUGGACAUGAGGUCGAUCGGGCCGCCCAGGUUCGAGCCCGUGUCCAGCCAUUUUUCUUUA